AUGGCGGCUGUUGAUGAAAACUAUAACGACACGUACCAAGCUCACAACAGCUAUAACGACACGUACCAAGCUCACAACAGCUAUAACGACACGUACCAAGCUCACAACAGCUAUAACGACACGUACCAAGCUCACAACAGCUAUAACGACACGUACCAAGCUCACAACAGCUAUAACGACACGUACCAAGCUCACAACAGCUAUAACGACACGUACCAAGCUCACAACAGCUAUAACGACACGUACCAAGCCCACAACAGCUAUAACGACACGUACCAAGCUCACAACAGCUAUAACGACACCUGUAACGACACGUACCAAGCCCACAGCAGCUAUAACGACACGUACCAAGCCCACAGCAGCUAUAACGACACGUACCAAGCCCACAACAGCUGUAACGACACGUACCAAGCCCACAGCAGCUAUAACGACACGUACCAAGCCCACAGCAGCUAUAACGACACGUACCAAGCUCACAACAGCAAUAACGACACGUACCAAGCCCACAGCAGCUAUAACGACACGUACCAAGCCCACAACAGCUAUAACGACACGUACCAAGCUCACAACAGCUAUAUAUCGACACGCGUCGAGCUCACAAAAGCUAUUACGACACGUGCCGAUCUCACAACAGCUAUUACGACACGCGUCUAG